GGAGGAGGAUGCGUCCAGAUUCAUUCUGAACCCCGCAAGAUACCCAAAAAAAGGCAGAGACCCAAAGGAGAAGCCUUGAAAACAGGGGCAUGGUUUGCCCUUUCCGCUUUCAUUUAACAACCCAUCCCUCCCAAACCUCCUCCAUCUUAUUCUUCUUUCAGGCAAAUAAACAAGCACCCGCCAGUCAGUGCUCUCAGAAGGACGGAACAGAGAAAUAGAUGUCGACUUUGAACAAUUCAACAAAUAUAUUUUGGCAAGAAUGUCAGGUUGGGAAGGUUGAUAGGCAGAAACUACUCAAUCAAAAGGGAUGUGUUGUCUGGAUUACUGGUCUCAGUGGAUCAGGGAAAAGUACACUGGCAUGCUCAUUAAGUAGAGAACUACACUCUAGGGGAAAGUUGUCAUAUGUCCUUGAUGGAGAUAACCUUCGGCAUGGUCUGAACAAGGAUCUUGGUUUCAAAGUCGAAGACCGAGCUGAAAAUAUACGCAGAGUUGGGGAGGUAGCAAAACUGUUUGCAGAUGCAGGAUUGUUCUCUAUUGCUAGCCUCAUAUCUCCUUAUAAGAAAGAUCGGGAUGCCUGCCGUGCAAUGUUACCUGAUGCAAACUUUAUUGAGGUUUUCAUGAACAUGCCCCUAGAAUUAUGCGAGUCAAGAGAUGCAAAAGGACUUUAUAAGCUUGCACGUGCUGGAAAGAUUAAAGGUUUUACUGGAAUAGACGACCCUUACGAGCGACCAGAGAACUGCGAGAUAGAAAUAGGACAAGAAAAUGGAGUUUGUCCUAUGCCUGCAGCCAUGGCAGGCCGAGUAGUGUCCUACUUGGAGGAGAAAGGAUUUCUUCAAGUUCAGUGACUUGCCUCUGUUCAACUUAGCCGUUGCAGUUAAGGAUUUCACUCAAAACAAAACAUGAUUGGUUUGAUCAAGCCUGCCGGCACUAAGGCAACCCCGACAAUCGUUUGUGCGUUAUUGGGGAACUACUUGCUAGGAAGGAGUGCAUACUUUUGGUUAAUAUAUUUUGUUUACAAGAUUAAUAAGUAAUAGAGUGGUAGUUCCACCGUUUUGAAUUAGCAAAACAUUUAUGUGGCUAAUUCUGAUAAUUGUAAUGGUAUGAAGUUCCAUGUUGGAGAUUUUCAUAUGGCCUGUUCUGUAGCAUCUUAUAAACUUGUGCCCAUUCAUCGAAUUUUGACCUUGGAUUUACAACAUAAGGAUUAUUCCUCCAA